AACCCAUUUCUCUCUUCUCCUUGGACACACACACACGCACACGCACGCACGCACGCACGAGUGAGAGAUAUGUUUGCCGUGGAGAAUGGGUUGCAGGGAGACCCAAGAUUAAAGGCCAUCUCCGACGCUAUUCGCGUCAUCCCUCACUUCCCCAAGACUGGGAUCAUGUUUCAGGACAUAACAACUUUGCUGCUGGAUCCAGUUGCCUUCAAACAUGUUGUUGAUAUCUUCGUUGAUCGUUACAAGCACAUGAACAUCUCUCUCGUUGCUGGAGUUGAGGCUAGGGGGUUCAUAUUUGGACCUCCCAUCGCAUUAGCCAUAGGUGCUAAGUUCGUCCCACUACGCAAACCGGGAAAACUACCCGGGAGAGUGAUAAGCGAAGAGUACGAGCUUGAGUAUGGAAGUGAUCGUCUAGAGAUGAGUGUGGAGGCUGUCAAAUCAGAUGAACGAGCUCUCAUCAUCGACGAUUUAGUAGCCACCGGUGGGACACUCUCCGCUUCCAUUAACCUCUUGGAGCGCGCUGGGGCUGAAGUUGUAGAAUGUGCCUGCGUUGUUGGUUUGCCUAAGUUCAAGGGGCAGUGUAAGCUGAAGGGAAAGCCGUUGUACGUUCUGGUGGAGCCAAGAGAGUUUGAUGAUAUAACCUUAUACAAUUAAGCCUUUUUAUCCAUUGGCGAGCGAUAUAUGGUCGUCAUCUCCAUCUAUAUUUCCAAAUUUCGCGAACUAGAUAAAUUGUAAUAUCAACGGUUAUGUCAAUAAUAUAAUCGAUAUCUUGCAAUGAAAAUAAUGAUUAUAUUCUAUUAGGAUUCAAUGUGGAAUGAUUCAUGCUAGUUACACAAGCUACCCUUUUUAUGUAUGUAGUUAAAAGCUUUAAGUUUUGGUACU